AUGGUGGAAGUGUUCGCCGGCCGCAUUCUACUCAACAAAGACGGUAACUUCGUGGAUCCUGAGGAAGCGCUGAGAAACAAGGUGGUGGGCAUCUACUUCUCAGCAGGAUGGUGCCCUCCGUGCCGCGACUUCACACCGGUGUUGUGCGACUUCUACACGGAGCUGGUUGAGGAGGGCGAACCCCCUGCGCAGUUCGAAGUGGUCUUUGUGUCGUCAGACAAGUCCACCGACGACAUGGUUGAAUACUUCCACGACAUGCACGGUGACUGGCUGGCUCUGCCCUGGACGGACGACUACAGGCUCGAGCUGACGAAGCGCUACAACAUCACGGCCGUGCCCAGGCUAGUGAUCGUGAAGGAAAACGGCGAAGUAAUCACGGACAAGGGCCGAAAGCAGAUCAGAGACAGGGGUUUGGCCUGCUUCCGGACCUGGUUGGACGCAGCUGAAAUCUUCCAGAACUUUAAAGGCUAG